AUGUCUUCGGAAUACAACUACGAUGACCAGGGGCAAUUCUUCCCAUUUUUCAUGCUGACCAUGGUCGGUCUGGUCACAAUACCUUUGACCUAUAAUGUUCUCAAGCCCUCAACGGACCUCGAACAAACUGCAGCGAGAAUACAGUCCGAUUUUAAGCCCAAGAAUGUUGAUCUUAUUGAAGCACAGAGAAGACGCGGGAAGAGGAAAAAUCGCAAAACCAAACGCAUCGUCACGGUGAUAGUGGGCUAUGCUUUCAUGGCAUACAUGAUCUAUCUCAUCGUCAUCACUCAGGGAACGAUGCCGAAAAUCUGGGAUCCAUAUGAUAUCCUGGGAAUAUCCAGAAGUGCUUCGGAGUCGGAGAUCAGCAAAUUUUACAAAAGACUAUCGAUCAAAUACCAUCCCGAUAAAGCGAAGCCGGAUGCCUCCAAAAAUGAAACAAUGGAUGAUGUGAACAAUCGGUGGGUUGAAAUGACAAAAGCCUACAAGGCGUUGACCGAUGAAGCAAUCCGGAACAACUACCUUCUCUACGGAAAUCCCGACGGGAAACAGUCCACAAGCAUAGGCAUUGCAUUGCCGAAGUGGAUGGUCGAGCAGGGAAAUCGGUGGUUCGUCGUGGCGUUUUACGGGGUGCUUUUGGGCAUCAUCCUCCCCUAUACACUGGGAAAAUGGUGGUACGGAACACAGGCGCUCACCAAGGACAAAGUUUUGCAUGCGAGUGCUGGCAACCUAUUUCGGGAGUGGAAAGAAGACAUGUCCGAAGGAAGUGUGGUUGCGGCCACGAGUGUCGGGGAAGAAUUUAAAGAAACGUUGAAGGGGUCCAGAGUGGAUGCCGGUGCUGCUAAAGUCGAAAGCAAAGUCCUCAACAGCUCGGUCCUCACCGAGGCCGACAAAGCCAGAUUAAAAGCCAUUGACGACCCUGUGCGACGAAAAGCUCUGGCUCUGCUGUGGGCGUAUCUGGCCCGAAUUGAACUCGCCGACCCCGAAUUGGAAAAGGAGAAAUACGCUGUUGCGCCCACGGCUCUUCUCUUGAACAACUCUUUCACGUCGAUGACGCUCCCAUUCGGCAUGGUCAAGCCACUCCUGGCCUCCUAUCACACAUCUCAGAAUAUCAUCCAAGCAGUACCUCCGAGCUCCUCGCCACUGCUCCAGCUCCCUCAUUUCACCCCCCAAAUCGCCGCCAAAAUGUCCAGAGCCUCACCAAAGUCCACCACGUCAUUACCAAAGUUCAUGUCUCUCCCAUCCUCCAUUCGACGAAACCUCUGCUCCGACCUAUCGGACACACAAUACGCACAGGCGAUGAAAGUCGCUUCUCAAAUCCCCCACCUGCAAAUUGCAAAGGCAUUCUUCAAAGUGCUCGGCGAACGAGUCGUCACACCGGGUUCUUUGGUCCAGCUCGUCAUUAAAGCCCGCGUCAUCCCGCCCGGAACGAAAGACGUCCCGGCCGUCGACCCUCUCGACCUCGAAGACAUUGAUCCGGAGGAAGGCGAUCUGGAUGCCUUGCACGGACGAAAACCAGCCAAAUCCAAGCGGCGCAAACUUCCCGAUGGACGGAUCAUGGAAGAUGAAUCCAGAGAAGGAUCCGUCCAACCACCCCUUGCCUACGCACCGUACUUUGCAGCAGAUCAUGCCCCGCGGUGGCAUGUCUUCCUGUCCGAUGCACGGACAGGACGCAUCUCGGUGCCUCCAUUCACCUUCACCGCGUUCGACAAGCCGGCUUUCCACGCAGACGGGACCCCUACAUUCAACGUGUUGACGUUCAAGUGUCCGUUCGCCGCGCCCCCGCAAGUCCAAGCGUUCCCUUUCGUAAUGCACCUCGUAUGCGACAGCUACAUAGGACUAGACUCGAAGGUCGACGUGGUUCUCGACGUCAAGGACGCUAGCGAAGCCAAUGUGGUCGAGAGCGAUGAGGAAAUCAGCGAGCCUGAAGAAGACUCCCUUGCAGGUCAGUUCCAGGCAAUGAAAACCGGCGGCCUCACCGGCUCCCCAACAACAACCAAGCAGAAAAAGAAAAAGACGGUGCCUUCGGAGAGGGGCGUGCCUGUCGCCCAAACGCAGACGCCGCAAUCUCAGAACGUCAACAUCGACAGCGACGACGAAGAUGACGACAGCGACACGGACGGCUCGGCGUCGAGUGACGAUACGUCGGAAACCGAUACCGAAACUGAGGAUGAGGAUUCUUAG